AUGUCAUCACACGGACAAACUCUGGGAGAUCGACUAGCGGCUGCGAGGCACGUAAUCGAUGGCUCAACAGUCAACAAGGCUGUAGUUAAGGCUACGACACAUGAAGUCGGCGGGCCAAAGAAAAAGCAUCUCGACUACCUUGUCCAAUUGACCGGAGCGCCAAAUGUGAACUUACCCGAGCUAGCUAAUCAAAUCGUCGAAAGGACACGCAACUCGAGCUGGGUAGUAGUCUUCAAGGCUUUGGUAACGUGCCAACACUUGAUGAUCUACGGAAACGAACGCUUUCUUCACAGCUGUGCCUCACGUCUCCAACUUUUUUCGCUCCAGGACUUCAACGACAGAUCUAAUGGCCAGGGAUAUGAAAUGAGCGCGUAUGUACGCCGGUACGCAAGAUACCUCAAUGAAAAGUCCGCUUCCUACAGAUCACUUGCAUAUGACUUCACACGAAUGAGAAGGUCAAACGAUGGCCAGUCCUUCAAAACUAUGAAUACUGAAACGCUGCUGAAGACCGUGCCCGUCUUGGAGCAGCAACUCUGCGCACUCAUCGACUUUGAUGCAAACGCCGAAGUUUUAACCAAUGCAGUCAUAAAAGGAGCUUUCGUUCUUCUCUUCAAAGAUCUUGUUCGAUUAUUUGCAUGCUAUCAUGACGGAAUCAUUAAUCUUCUCGACAAAUAUUUUGAAAUGAAGAAGGCGCAGUGUAAAAAAGGCUUGGACAUUUACGACCGCUACUUGGAGCGAAUGGACAAAGUACAGCAGUUCUUCAAAGUAGCGGAAAAGAUUGGUCUUGACCAAGGGGACACGCCUGAUUUCAAGUCUGCACCUGCGAGUUUACGAGAUGCUCUCAAGGAAUACUAUGAAUCUCUUGAUGGCAAAAAGUCGGGAACCGUUUCCCCAACAACGCCCGUCAGUCAAUCGGAGCGCGACAGAGUGAUAGAACAAGAGAAAAAACUAUAUGAGCAGUUCUCAAAAAAUAAGCAAAGUCAGUCACUGAGCUCAUCGCAUCCAGUUUCUUCAAAUAAUACUGUGAAUCUGAUGGGUACGCCGGCCCCUGCACCUCAAGCCGCGGCACUUCCAGCAACAGCAGUUCCGGCGCCUGCUCAGACGACAGCCAAGCCAGCCGAGGCGAAACCAGCAUCGUCGGACCUUCUUGACUUGGACAUGUCCGGUCAGAACACUCUGAAUAAUCUUAUGGCUGUCCACAGUGCCAAGCAGCAACAGAAUCAGAACAUAAUGGCUCAGUUUAACCAGCCCGCUGCCGGAAAUAUGUGGGGCCAGCCGCAGCCCAACCCGUUUAUGACAAGCCCAACCCAGCAGAUCUCUCAACCUAAUCCAUUCCAAUCACCAAAUCCCUUCACAUCUAGCGUUCCAUCAAUCCCCAUGGGCGGGAACCCCUUCGGAGCUCCGGCGUCGAAUCCAUUUGCCAAUCCUGCUCAGACCACGCCGAUAACCUCCCAAUUCAACAAUAUGAGCAUAGGACAACCCCAACUUCAACAGCAGCAAAACCCAUUCGGUGCGACGCAGCAAAACAUGUUCACUCAGCAGCCUCCUCAGUCGAAUCCAUUCGCCCAAGAUCAAAGUCGAAACCAACCGUUCAGUCUACUAGAUUAA